CUCGCUUCUCAAAUCAUUUCCAAUGUUGAGCAGAGUUUCCACCUCAUCAUUACGCAAAGGCUUGUGUACUGCUCCGAGGUGGAGUCUUCUACCUCAAAGCCGCCGCGGGCUGCUCACACUUGCGAUCGAAACGUCCUGCGACGACACAUCGGUAGCCAUCGUCGAGAAGGAAUCCAAUGCCGUCCAAAUCCACUUCCUCGACAAGGUGACCUGCGACACCAGCGCAUACCAGGGCAUCCACCCGGUCGUGGCUCUCGAAUCCCAUCAAGAGAACAUCGCAAGUCUCGUCCAUAAAGCACUCGCCCAUCUACCCGUCGCGAAGCACGAAAAGCACCAAACGAUAAAUGUCUCAAGUGAUUCGCAAUUGCGCAGGAAACCCGACUUCGUAUGCGCCACUAGGGGACCGGGGUUCCGCUCGAACCUCUUCGUCGGGCUAGAUACAGGAAAGGCGCUGUCCGUCGCAUGGCAGGUGCCGUUCGUCGGAGUCCAUCAUAUGCAGGCUCAUCUGUUGACUCCUCGUCUUGUAUCGUGCAUGAACCGUGGCCAGGCCCAAGAUAACAGCCAGGAUGUCGCGGCGUCGCAGCAACCCAUCACCCCCGAGUUUCCCUUCCUCUCUAUCCUCGCCUCCGGCGGCCAUACAAUGCUAGUCAAAUCCUCCUCCAUAACCGAUCACGAAAUCAUGGCAUCAACAGUGGACCGAGCCCUCGGAGAGGCUCUAGAUAAAGCCUCCCGCGAAAUUAUCCCUCCCUACCUCCUCCAGACGUCAAAGAGCACCAUGUACGGGAAAUUGUUAGAACAGUUCGCCUUCCCGAACGGCAAAGCCGACUACGCCGACUACCAAGCUCCCAAAUCCCGCCACGACGAACUUCUCCCGCGAGAAAAUCCGUGGGACUGGUCUUUCGUAGAGCCGUGGGCUCACAGCCGUCAACUGCAAUAUAGCUUCUGCUUCAUAGGCAGCACGCUAGCGAGGAUAUUCUCCGCUCGCGAGGCAGCCGGUCAGACGAUCACUCAUGAGGAGCGGAUAGCUCUGGCUAGGGAGGCAAUGCGGACUAGCUUUGAGCAUCUGGCGUCGCGCACUAUCAUGGCGUUAGAAAGUCUUGCUAAACAAGGGCCGGAGAAGGAGGUCAAGACUCUUGUUGUUAGUGGUGGCGUUGCGGCGAACCAGUACCUUAUGACUGUGUUGCGCUCGUGGCUGGAUGCCCGCGGGUUCGGGCACGUUGGGCUGGUUGCUCCCCCGCCGUACUUGUGUACGGAUAAUGCUGCUAUGAUUGCUUGGGCGGGUAUGGAGAUGUUUGAGGCGGGUUGGCGCACGAAUCUUACCUCUCGGGCUAUUAGGAAGUGGUCGCUGGAUCCGCGAGAGGAGGGAGAUGGUGGUGUCCUUGGGCCUUUUGGGUGGGAGAGAGCUGAGGAUCAUUUUGUACAAUAGGUAGAUUUUGGGGAUGAUGUUCUUACCACUUCACUCUUCUUCGAGUGUCUAUUUUUAUGAGC